ACACAGAACUGAGCUUUCUAACAGUGAGUAAAUCAUUACAGAGGCAGUUAAGAGUCCAGCGUGGACACUUCUGAACUCUCUCACUCCAACACAGUUGGGUUUUCAGAAGAGCACAAUGAUGCGGGACAAGAUCUUGAUGGUUUUUGCGCUAGCUUGGCUUUAUGCUUCUGGAGGACGUGGACAAACUAACAUAAAAAUUCCGUGUGAUGAUAAACGUGUGGAGAAUGUUGUGAAUUUAACUCUUUCCACGCGUAAUAAGAUAUUAACUGAAGGUGGUCAACUGGCUCUCUAUGAAAUCCUGGAGGCUACAAAGGCCCAGAAUGAAUCGGUGGAAGUCGUGUUUGUACGGUUCACAAGCAGAGAGACAGAUUGUCCUGCGGGAGGAGACAAGGUUUGGCAUGAAUGUGACUACCUGCAACAAGCGGAUAAGGCACUCAUAAUCUGUCACGCGAAAGUCCAGUUUGAAGAAGCAGGUCAAGAGUUACUGUUACAUGACUGUACAGCUGAACCAGCUGCUUCCUCUAAAGUCGCUCCGUGUCUGGGCUGCCCUGAAAAGAUCGAUUUAUAUCAUGAAGAACUGAGAGAACCACUCAUUCAUUCUUUGACGAAAGCCAACGGCAUGGUCAAUCACAAGCAUUUCUUCAUCUUUAAGGACUUGACAUCUGCAACAAAACAGGUGGUUGCUGGAUUCAGGUAUAAACUGCAGUUUUUGAUUGAGAAGAGCAACUGCACCAGGGCAGAAUUCAAAGUGGUUACUAAGGAGUGCCACCCAAUGCAGGAAAAAACGGAGGUUUUGCAGUGUAACUCUACGGUGGAUGUGGCUCCUUGGAGGCACGAGGGCCCAGAAGUGCAUGUUGAAUGUGAGACGGUGGUUAUUAAGACUGUCGCAAGAUUUAAACGGCCACCAGGCUGGUCUCCUCUUAGGAUCAUGCCUGAAAGGACAAAAGUCAAAGAAUCUUCAGAGGAAUCCAAGGAGAGCAUCAGCACAACCCAACGCACACCGCUCAACUGUCCUACCAAACCCUGGAAAGAGUUCAAGCCGGUCAUUGCCAGCAUCGCUCCUCCAAACACUACAGAGUCUUCACAGCUGGACACGACCGCAGCAGACUCUGCAUUCAACGACCAGGAUCUGAUAAGCUGAGCCCCUCAGUGUGUGUGUGUUUAAAUGGAUACCUAAAAUAAAAAAAGAAAGAAGGAUGAAAGGAAAUUCAACUACCAUUCUUAUAAUGUGUUUCUGACAUUUUGAAUAAAGUGUUAGUAUUCAUUUAUUUGUGGAUUCUACAAUAAUUCACAGUACACUGUCUCAUAUUUCACAAUAAAGACCAAGAUCCAAAUAUGCUGUUUAUUGGAAUUGUG